UAUUUGUCUUCUCCAUCCCCAAGACACUUGACCAAAUUAAAUUAACAUUUUUUCAUUAUAUUACUCUAAUAUUUUUUCAGUACUAGAACUAGAAAGUUCCAACGAGGUAUGGCCAGCCAUUGUUUUUCUUCUGCAGGUUCACUUUUCACUACAUCUUCAUCUACCAUACACACUAAAGUUCAGGAGAAAUGGCUUGGAUCUUUUCCCCUAAAGAGAAGGAACCCAGUUCAUCUGAGAUUCUCUAGUGUCCUUAGAACAAGAGCAGUUCUCAAUAACAACUCAAAAUCAGUCGAAAUUCCCAGACAAUGGUAUAAUCUAAUAGCAGAUCUCCCUAUAAAACCUCCUCCACCAUUGAAUCCAAGGACUCAUGAACCAAUAAAGCCUGAAGAUUUAUCCCCUCUUCUUGCUGAUGAGUUAAUUAAGCAAGAGACAACUAGUGACAGAUACAUAGAUAUUCCAGAUGAAGUUAUUGAUGUCUAUAAGCUUUGGAGGCCAACUCCUCUCAUCAGAGCCAAGAGAUUGGAGAAGCUUUUGGAUACUCCAGCUAGAAUUUAUUACAAGUAUGAAGGUGUUAGCCCAGCAGGGUCACAUAAACCAAAUAGUGCUGUUCCACAAGCAUAUUAUAAUGCAAAAGAAGGGGUCAAGAAUGUUGUGACAGAAACUGGCGCUGGUCAAUGGGGAAGUUCUUUGGCCUUUGCUUCCAGCUUAUUUGGUCUUGGCUGUGAGGUAUGGCAGGUUCGGGCCUCUUAUGAUCAAAAACCAUAUAGGAGAAUGAUGAUGCAAACCUGGGGUGCAAAAGUACAUCCUUCUCCAUCUAACCUUACUGAAGCUGGUAGGAAUAUCCUUCAGAUGGAUCCUUCUAGCCCCGGAAGUCUAGGAAUCGCUAUCUCAGAAGCGGUGGAGGUUGCGGCUAUGAAUGCUGAUACCAAGUACUGCCUUGGAAGUGUACUCAACCAUGUUUUGCUCCACCAGACAGUCAUUGGUGAAGAAUGUAUAAAACAAAUGGAAGCUAUUGGUGAAACACCAGAUAUUCUAAUAGGAUGCACUGGUGGGGGUUCCAAUUUUGCAGGACUUAGUUUCCCUUUCUUAAGAGAAAAGCUCAAUGGGAAAAUGAACCCUGUGAUUAGAGCAGUUGAGCCAUCAGCAUGUCCUUCCUUGACUAAAGGUGUUUAUGCUUAUGAUUAUGGUGACACUGCUGGACUGACUCCUCUCAUGAAAAUGCACACUCUAGGCCACGACUUUGUCCCUGAUCCGAUUCAUGCAGGAGGACUGCGUUACCAUGGAAUGGCACCAUUGAUAUCACAUGUUUAUGAACUGGGUUUAAUGGAAGCAAUUUCAAUUCCCCAGAUAGAGUGUUUCCAAGGUGCCAUACAAUUUGCUAGAACAGAAGGGUUGAUACCAGCACCAGAGCCAACACAUGCCAUAGCUGCUACCAUUAGGGAAGCUCUCAAGUGCAGAGAAACAGGAGAAGCAAAGGUGAUUCUAACAGCAAUGUGUGGACAUGGUCACUUUGAUCUUCCAGCUUAUGACAAGUUUUUGCAAGGUAACAUGGUUGACUUGUCUUUCUCAAAGGAAAGGAUUGAAGCAGCAAUGGCCAGUAUUCCUAAAGUUGCGGCCUAAAGAAUUUGAAUCAUGUUAAAUUUAGUGCUAUUUUUGUUCAAAAUUUGCAAAGAUGUUAGGAUUGUCAUUGACUCUAGUUUUCUAGAUAACUUGAGAAAAUCAUAAGAAGUUGGAGGAAUAAUAAGGAUUUUUUUA